AUUGAGGCUCUGUAAUGAGUUUGGAGAUCAGGAAGUAUGAAUCAUCUAACUCUGGUUACUUUCCAACCCUAUUUUGGCUGCUUGUGGGGAGAGGGGUCCUUUGAGAUUCCUAGAUGCGAUCAUGGACCAUCAUGUCUCCACCAUUAAACCUCGAAGAAUCCAGAACCAGAACGUCAUCUACCGCCUGGAGCGCCGGCGCAUCAGCUCCGGCAAGGCCGGGACCCACUGGCACCAGGUCCGAGUGUUCCACCAGAAUGUCUUCCCCAACUUCACCGUCGUCAACGUGGAGAAGCCCCCAUGCUUCCUGCGUAAAUUCUCCCCCGAUGGCCGCUACUUCAUUGCCUUUUCCUCCGACCAGACAUCUCUGGAAAUCUACGAGUACCAGGGCUGCCAGGCAGCGCAGGACCUCCUGCAGGGGUACGAGGGGGAGAUCCUGUCCAACGGCAACGACCAGCGCUCGGUCAACAUCCGGGGCCGGCUCUUCGAGCGCUUUUUUGUCCUGCUGCAUAUAACCAACGUGGCGGCCAACGGGGAGCACCUGAACCGGGAGUGCAGCCUCUUCACGGACGACUGCCGCUGCGUCAUCGUGGGCUCGGCCGCCUACCUCCCCGACGAGCCCCACCCCCCGUUCUACGAGGUGUACCGGAACAGUGAGUCCGUGACUCCCAACCCCCGGUCCCCUCUCGAGGACUACUCCCUCCACAUCAUCGACCUUCACACCGGCCGCCUGUGUGACACGCGCACGUUCAAGUGCGACAAGGUGGUCCUGUCGCACAACCAAGGGCUGUACCUGUACAAAAACAUCCUGGCCAUCCUGUCAGUGCAGCAGCAGACCAUCCAUGUCUUCCAGGUGACCCCUGAGGGCACCUUCAUCGACGUGCGAACCAUCGGCCGCUUCUGCUACGAGGAUGACCUACUCACCGUGUCCGCCGUCUUCCCCGAGGUGCAGCGGGACGGCCAGACGGGCACCGCCAGCCCCUUCCGGGACCCCUUCAUCAACUCCUUGAAGCACCGCCUGUUGGUGUACCUGUGGCGCCGCGCGCAGCAGGACGGGAGCGCCAUGGCCAAAAGGCGCUUCUUCCAGUACUUUGACCAGCUGCGGCAGCUGCGCAUGUGGAAGAUGCAGCUGCUGGAUGAGCACCACCUGUUCAUCAAGUACACCAGCGAGGACGUGGUCACGCUGCGUGUCACGGACCCAUCCCAGGCAUCUUUCUUUGUAGUGUACAAUAUGGUGACCACUGAAGUGAUCGCCGUGUUUGAGAACACCUCGGAUGAGCUUCUGGAGCUCUUUGAGAACUUCUGUGACCUUUUCCGCAAUGCCACCCUGCACAGCGAAGUCCAGUUCCCCUGUUCCGCUUCGAGCAACAAUUCUGCAAGGCAGAUCCAGCGCCGGUUCAAAGACACAAUUAUCAAUGCCAAGUAUGGAGGGCACACGGAGGCAGUGCGCCGGCUGCUGGGUCAGCUCCCCAUCAGUGCCCAGUCCUACAGUGGUAGCCCCUACCUGGAUCUGUCGCUCUUCAGCUACGAUGACAAGUGGGUGUCUGUUAUGGAGCGGCCCAAGACCUGUGGCGAUCACCCCAUCAGAUUCUAUGCCCGGGACUCUGGCCUCCUCAAGUUUGAGAUUCAGGCGGGCUUGCUGGGCCGCCCCAUCAACCACACCGUGCGCCGCCUUGUGGCCUUCACCUUUCACCCCUUUGAGCCCUUUGCCAUCUCUGUGCAGCGGACCAAUGCGGAGUAUGUGGUCAACUUCCAUAUGCGGCACUGCUGCACCUAAGGGCCCGGCCUGGCUGGGCCAGCGGGGCGGGGUGCGGGGAGCAGGGCUCCGCCCCAUCCUGGCUCCGGCCAGCUGGGCUGCUUCAGCCUUGUGUCGUCCCUCCCUCCCCCCCCCCCCCCAUGGGACAGCGCAGCCUCUGCAUCGCACGUGGCUCUGGAGCCCCCUGCCCCCCAUGCCGAAGUUUGUUCAGCAUUUUGCUGCUACGAAGACAAGAGAACUCCACCUCGCCCCUCAUGGCACUUGCUCAGCAUUGCGGGCCGCGUCCCUAAGCAAGUGAACUGUGUCUGCUCCCAAGAACCGCGUCUCCUUCCCACAGACCCCCACAACAGGGCCAUUUUUUACAGGAAAAUAAACGAAGCCUUGGUAUUUUCUUACUAAA